GCCGAGGCAGCAGUCGCUGCGGCUCCAACCUCCUGCUCGCUCACUCGCUCUCAGUGCCCGGAGCCGGCUGCCGGCUCGGGGCUGUACGCAGCUCCCGCUCCUGCCGGGGAUCCUGAAGCCUCUCCGGCUCCGGGGCACAGGACCGCGCGGCUGGCUGGCCCGAGCCCUGGGCGCGCCGCGGAAGCAGGGGCCUGAUGGCGCUGUCCACGGUGGGCCUUCUUGUUGGCUCCCUUCUGCAAGCUGCCCUGACUCUGAACCCCGAGGACCCCAAUGUGUGUAGCCACUGGGAGAGCUAUGCCGUGACUGUGCAGGAGUCUUAUGCACACCCCUUCGAUCAGAUCUACUACACACGAUGCGCAGAUAUCCUCAACUGGUUCAAGUGCACCCGGCACCGGAUCAGCUAUAAGACGGCGUAUAGGCGUGGCCUCCGGACCAUGUACCGGCGGAGGUCCCAAUGCUGCCCCGGCUACUAUGAGAACGGAGACUUCUGCAUUCCCCUGUGCACCGAGGAGUGUAUGCAUGGCCGCUGUGUUUCCCCAGAUACCUGCCACUGUGAGCCUGGAUGGGGAGGCCCUGACUGCUCCAGCGGCUGUGACAGCGAGCACUGGGGUCCCCACUGCAGCAACCGGUGUCAAUGUCAGAACGGCGCCCUCUGCAACCCUAUCACCGGCGCCUGCGUGUGCGCCCCGGGCUUCCGGGGCUGGCGCUGCGAAGAACUCUGCGCGCCCGGUACCCACGGCAAGGGCUGCCAGCUGCCUUGCCAGUGCCACCACGGCGCCAGCUGCGACCCGCGCACCGGAGAGUGCCUCUGCGCCCCUGGCUACACCGGCGUGUACUGUGAGGAGCUGUGCCCCCCUGGGAGCCAUGGAGCUCACUGCGAACUACGGUGCCCCUGCCAAAAUGGGGGCACCUGCCACCACAUCACCGGCGAGUGUGCCUGCCCUCCAGGCUGGACGGGAGCAGUGUGUGCCCAGCCCUGCCCACCGGGGACAUUUGGCCAGAACUGUAGCCAAGAUUGUCCUUGCCACCAUGGAGGCCAGUGUGACCAUGUGACUGGACAAUGCCACUGUACAGCUGGAUACAUGGGGGACAGGUGCCAAGAGGAAUGUCCCUUUGGAACUUUCGGUUUCCGGUGUUCCCAGCUCUGUGACUGCCACAACGGAGGUCAAUGUUCACCGGCCACAGGGGCCUGUGAAUGUGAACCUGGCUACAAGGGCCCUAGCUGCCAAGAGCGGCUGUGCCCCGAGGGCUGGCAUGGCCCAGGCUGCUCCUUGCCCUGUCCCUGUGACCCCGAAAACACUAUCAGCUGCCACCCAGUCACUGGAGCUUGUACCUGCCAACCAGGCUGGUCGGGCCACUUCUGCAAUGAGUCCUGCCCUGCCGGCUACUAUGGCAACGGUUGCCAGCUGCCCUGCACCUGCCAGAACGGCGCUGACUGCCACAGCAUCACUGGGGGCUGCACUUGUGCCCCAGGCUUCAUGGGAGAGGUGUGUGCGGUGCCCUGCGCUGCCGGGACCUACGGUCCCAACUGCUCAUCUGUAUGUAGCUGUAGCAAUGGCGGCACCUGUUCCCCUGUGGAUGGCUCCUGCACCUGCCAAGAGGGGUGGCAGGGCCCGGACUGUUCCCUGCCAUGUCCCAGUGGGACAUGGGGCCUGAACUGCAAUGAGACUUGUGUCUGUGCCAAUGGGGCAGCCUGCAGCCCCUCUGACGGCUCCUGUGCCUGUACCCCAGGCUGGCUGGGGGACUCCUGUGAACUGCCCUGCCCGGAUGGCACGUUUGGGUUGAACUGUAGCGAGCGUUGUGAUUGUAGUCACGCCGAUGGCUGCGAUCCUGUCACAGGCCACUGCUGCUGCCUGGCAGGAUGGACAGGCAUCCGCUGUGACAGCACAUGCCCUCCAGGUCGCUGGGGUCCCAACUGUUCAGCCUCCUGCAUCUGCGAGAAUGGAGGCUCCUGUUCCCCAGAAGAUGGCAGCUGCGAGUGUGCUCCUGGCUUCCGAGGACCCUUAUGUCAGAGAAUCUGCCCACCAGGGUUCUACGGCCAUGGCUGUGCCCAGUCUUGUCCCCUCUGCGUGCACAGCAGCGGGCCCUGCCACCAUGUCAGUGGCAUCUGUGAGUGCCUGCCAGGAUUCUCCGGAGCCUUGUGCAACCAAGUGUGUGCUGGAGGGCACUUUGGGCAGGACUGUGCCCAGCUGUGUUCCUGUGCCAACAACGGGACCUGCAACCCCAUCGACGGCUCCUGUCAGUGUUUCCCUGGGUGGAUCGGCAAGGACUGCUCACAGGCCUGCCCAUCUGGGUUCUGGGGCUCUGCCUGCUUCCACACAUGCAGCUGCCACAACGGGGCGAGCUGCAGCGCCGAGGAUGGGGCCUGCCACUGCACCCCUGGCUGGACUGGACUCUUCUGCACGCAGCGUUGCCCUGCAGCAUUUUUUGGGAGAUGUGGGCACAUAUGCCAGUGUCAGAAUGGAGCCAGCUGUGACCACAUCACUGGGAAAUGCACCUGUCGAACAGGCUUCACCGGGCGCCACUGUGAACAGAGAUGUGCCCCCGGGACCUUUGGAUACGGGUGUCAGCAGCUCUGUGAGUGUAUGAACAAUGCCACUUGUGACCAUGUCACCGGUACCUGUUACUGCAGCCCCGGAUUCAAAGGAAUCAGGUGUGACCAAGCUGCCCUCAUGAUGGACGAGCUGAAUCCCUACACCAAGAUCAGUCCAGCUCUGGGAGCAGAGCGGCACUCAGUGGGUGCUGUCACGGGCAUCAUCCUCCUGCUGGUCCUGGUUGUGGUGUUGCUGGGCCUGUUUGCCUGGCGACGGAGGCGGCAGAAAGAGAAAGGCCGUGACCUGGCUCCCCGUGUCUCCUACACCCCGGCCAUGAGGAUGACCAGCACAGACUACUCGCUCUCAGAUUUGUCUCAAAGUAGCAGCCAUGCCCAGUGCUUUUCCAAUGCCAGCUACCACACACUGGCGUGCGGGGGGCCUGCCACCAGCCAGGUCAGCACUCUGGACAGGAACAGCCCCACCAAGCUCAGUAACAAGUCCCUUGACAGAGACACAGCAGGCUGGACCCCCUACAGCUAUGUGAACGUAUUAGACUCCCAUUUCCAGAUCAGUGCCCUGGAGGCCAGGUACCCGCCCGAAGACUUCUACAUUGAACUUAGACACCUCAGCCGCCACAAUGAGCCACACUCACCAGGCACUUGCGGAAUGGAUAGACGUCAGAACACAUACAUUAUGGACAAAGGCUUCAAAGAUUACAUGAAAGAAUCUGCGUGCAGUUCUAGUACUUGUUCCUUGAACAGCAGUGAAAACCCUUAUGCCACAAUUAAGGAUCCACCCAUCCUCACCUGCAAGCUUCCAGAAAGCAGCUAUGUAGAAAUGAAGUCACCUGUGCACAUGGGGUCUCCGUACACAGAUGUGCCAUCCUUGUCGACAUCUAAUAAAAAUAUAUAUGAAGUUGAGCCCACAGUCAGUGUGGUCCAAGAAGGCCGAGGUCGUAACUUCAGCUAUAUCCAGAAUCCAUACGACCUACCUAGGAACAGCCAGAUUCCUGGGCAUUAUGACCUCCUCCCAGUAAGACAGAGCCCUGCCCAUGGGCCCUCCCAGGACAAGCAGUAAGAGGGAUAAGCUUCCCUCUUAGUGUGCUCUGCUGACUAUUCUCUGACUCUGAAAGAAGACAAUCCGUGACUUGAAAUAUCAGUACAGAUGACCUGGACUGAAGGAAGCACUUCAAAUGGGGUUGGGUAACUGUUCAAGGAAGUCUGUUCACAAAGACAAAUCCUAUCAUCUUCAGCCCUAAAUGCCCUGGAUAUGAUUUUUAAAACAUUUAAGAUAUUGCUACUCAUCAACAUCAGCUAAAUUCAGCUAAAAGAUAUGUAUUUAAUAUUCUGAAACAACGCUUAAGGUGCAUGUAGCUUAGGUUCUGCAAGCUUUCCUAGAAGGAAAGGGGGCUGGGGAAGGGAGAGGGCACUUUAAAGCACCCGAAAUGUGUAUGUGCUGUUGAUUGUUGUUACCACCAACAUCUGUUUCAGUACCUAAGGGAACUGGUACGUGGACACGAACUGUUCUAAUAUUAAUCGUAAAGUCUGUGUACAUAAAGAAUGGUCCAUCAAAUUAUAACAGCCAUAAUCAGAGUUUAAAAUGUAGCAUACUUCUGACAACUUGCAUUUUCAAAAACAAGAAUUUAAUAAAGACAGAGUCACUUUCUUCUGCCCCAUCAGUGAAAGUAGGCAAAACAGAAAGAGAAGGGAAAAAAUAAAAUAAAAGAGUAAUUAUUUCAAAAGUGCAGCACUUUCAUUCGGUCUAGAAUAAUUUCUAUGCCUGCUUUACCAAAUUUUACCAAGUCAAA